AUUCACACCCUCCUCUCGCCACGGGCAUUAAUAGAGGAGGAUAGAGCUGGUUGAACACAUUAAGAGCUCUGACAUCUUAACGUUAUGCUUAAGGAGGUGCUAUUGGGUGUUCUAGGAGGAGCAGCAGCUCUUACUGUAGGAAUUCUACUGGGACACUUCGCCAUUGAAAAGGGCAGUUCAGCACCAGAGUGGGUCCGGGAUGCAUCUCAAGAUGUGGAUGAAAGUAUCAUUAAGAAAUUCCUUGCAGAACUGGACACCAAUGAAAUUAAAGAGAACCUCAGGGAGCUGACUAAGGUUCCCCACAUGGCCACCACCCCUGGAGAUGAAGCAACUGUUGCGUUUAUGCUGAAAAGGUGGCAAGACCCCAAAACAGGCUUGGACAGUGCAUGGAGGGAGGACUACAAGGUGUAUCUGUCAUUUCCAAACAAGGAUAAUCCUAACAAAGUCUCUGUUGUUGAUCCAGAAAACCAGGUCCUAUUUACAGCAAGAGAGAGAGAGAAAGCUUACAAACCUGAGCAGCAGGAUCCAGAGGUGGUCCAGCCUUUCGCAGCUUAUUCACCUGCAGGAAAUGUCAAGGGAAAACUUGUUUAUGCAAACCAAGGUAAAAUGAGUGACUACGAACUGUUAAACAGAACACUGGAUCUGAGAGGAACCAUCGCCAUCACCAGAUAUGGAGGAGAAGGGAGAUCUAAAAAAGCUAUAAAUGGAGCCAUGUUUGGAGUUGUUGGGGUUCUUGUCUAUACUGAGCCGUACGACAUUAAUGACGGCCUGGUGUCAGAAAGUGAAACCUAUCCUCACUCCUGGUACCUUCCUCCUUCUGGUGUUGAGCGAGGCUCAUACAACAUUGACUUUGGAGACUUGUUAACACCUUACCUAGCUGCAAAAGAGGAUACUUACAGAAGACCAAAAGAAGAAAUAACAGGCAUCCCACCAAUUCCAACACAGCCGAUAGGGUUUGAGGAUGCUCAAAGAUUAAUCUGUGAGCUUGAUGGGGAAGAUGCACCUGCAGGAUGGCAAGGCGCAUUUGACUGCACAUAUAAACUCGGCGGACCAGGAUUCAAAGCCACGUCUUCCUUCACCAACAGCACUGUGCAUUUGGACACUUAUAACAUUGAGAAAAUAGAAAACUCAGCUAAUGUUAUGGGAGUGAUCCGAGGCAGUGUAGAGCCAGACAGGUAUGUGAUUUAUGGAAACCACAGGGACAGUUGGGUGCACGGAGCCAUUGACCCCAGCAGUGGCACCGCAGUGAUGCUGGAGAUCACCAGAGUGCUGGGAAAGAUGGUAAAGGAAGGGAAAUGGCGACCUCGGCGGUCCAUUAUCUUUGGCAGUUGGGGAGCUGAAGAAUUUGGCCUUAUCGGAUCUGCAGAAUACACAGAGGAGUACUUCAGUAAGCUGAGUGAGCGCACCGUGGCCUACAUCAACGUGGACAUCUCAGUGUUUGCUAAUGCCACUCUCAGAGCCUCAGCUUCUCCAGCAGCACAGAGUGUGCUUUUUACCGCCUCCAAACAGGUUGAUGCUCCCGGGACAACCAUGUCAGUCUAUGACAACUGGAUACGGUAUUACAACAGAACCAGUCCAAAUUAUGGGAUUAUACCUAAUGUGGGCUUCUUGACAGGAGCUGGAAGUGAUUACGCUGCUUUUAUACACUACCUUGGAAUAACGUCUAUGGAUAUCUCCUAUUAUUAUGACCAGAGCAAAACAAGAGCACGCAUCUACCCAGCCUACCACACGGCUUAUGACACUUUUGACUAUGCAUCUACAUACAUUGAUCCAGGUUUCACCAGUCAUCAGGCAGUCGCGAGGACAGCAGGGAAUGUGCUGCUGCGAUUGGCUGACAGUCUCCUGCUGCCCUUUAACUGCAGCGACUAUGCAGAAAGUCUGGAGCAGUACUUCGCGCAGGCGGUCACAGCCUUUGAGGCCAAACUUGCGGCUAAAGCAAUCUCUAUGGAAUCCUUGAAGAAAGCUGUGCAGUUUUUCCGUGACACUGCAACUAAAUUGGAUCGUUUGAUCAGGGAUUCAGAUCUUGUAAAAGAAACGCCCCUGAAGGCUCGUCGCAUUAAUGACCAGCUCAUGCUGUUGGACAGGGCUUUCCUUGACCCGUUAGCAUUCCCUGACAAAUACGCUUUCAGGCAUGUGAUUUGGGCAUCGAGGUCAUCAAGUGUGGCCACUUUCCCCGGCCUGGCAGAUGCAGUGGAGAAGGCAGAGAGCAGUGGGCUAAAGGAAGACUGGGAUCAGGCUCAUAAACAAUUAUCUAUCGUCACACAAGCCAUUGCAGGAGCUGCACACACACUGGAUGAUGUGAUUUAACGUACACUAAACAAUAGACUUUAUAAGAGCACUCUACUUUUUUUUUUUGGUAAAUAGGCUCAUUUUACAAGUCCCUUAAAGUUAAACCAGUGGUAUCCAAACUCGAUCCUGAAGGGCUGGUGUCCUCAGAUUUUAGCUCCAACUUGUCUCAACACACCUGCAAGGAUGUUUCUAGAAAGCCUAGUAAGAGCUUGAUUAGCUAGCCCAGGUGUGUCUGAUUAGGGUUGGAACUAAAGCACACUGCACUUUUCUCUCCAUAGACUUCCAUUCAUACGCACGUGAAUGCUUCAGACCAGAAACGUAAGGUUGUGCGGAAAGUUUUGUAGUUCGCUGCUUUGGAAAGUUCAAGCUUGAUGAACUCUGACCUGCGAAAUGAUUGUGUGAGACCAAUCAAGGAUUAAAACAUGACCUCUCUGGACUGAAAUUUAAAACAUGAAUCAAUCGCAAAGUUUUUUAAUGUCCAAUCAUCUUUUUUAAUCCCACCCCCUUUCAAAGCGCCGUGACUGCGGCAUUCAUUUUGCAGGCCACCGGACACCUCUGAGUUAA